GGCUUUAACUAAGCGAUUGAAGCGUUCCUACUGUCGCCCUUGACUAUCGCCGGAUCCCUUUUCUCAGUCUCACUCUAUAGUUUUAGUGUUUGAGAAGACGACUCCGACGACGACUUGACGAGGUAGGGAGUUCAAUCAAGAUUCAGGAGUGUUGAAGGUGUUUGAAUUUGUGAUGACUGUGCUUUGUGGAUUUCAGGUGAUCAGAUCAGUAAGAUUGAUUGAUUAUUAUUACUGGUGAAGGAUCUGGCGGCACGGUUCUCUUUCUGUUUGUUAUAUACUAAUGGGAAGAGGAGGGCAAGAUUUUGGAAGCAAAGAAGAUUUGAGAUCGAAAUCUCAGGAAGAGGUUUUUCCAGCUUGGGCGAGGGAUGUUAAAGACUGCGAAAAGAGAUACGGGGUGACUCGAGAAAAUGGAUUAUCCAACGAGGAAGUGGAGAAGAAAAGGCAGAUCCAUGGAUUUAACGAACUGACAAAGCAUGAAGGACCUUCAAUUUUCAGGUUGAUUCUGGAUCAGUUUAAUGAUACUCUUGUCAGGAUUUUGCUUGUUGCAGCCGUGAUUUCUUUUGUCCUAGCUUGGUACGAUGGGGAAGAAGGCGGUGAGAUGGAAAUCACGGCCUUUGUUGAGCCUCUAGUGAUUUUCUUGAUAUUGAUUGUGAAUGCGUUUGUUGGUGUUUGGCAAGAGAACAACGCUGAGAAAGCACUAGAGGCUCUCAAAGAAAUUCAGUCGGAGCAGGCUUCUGUGAUCAGAGAUGGCAAAAAGAUUCCAAAUUUGCCUGCCAAAGAGCUUGUUCCAGGAGACAUUGUUGAGUUGCGGGUGGGAGACAAAGCGCCUGCUGAUAUGAGGGUUCUGAUUUUGAUUAGCUCAACCUUUAGGGUUGAGCAAGGAUCCUUAACUGGGGAGAGUGAAGCAGUCAGUAAAACAACUAAGGCUGUUUCUGAAGAUUCCGACAUUCAGGGAAAGAAGUGUAUGGUCUUCGCAGGUACUACUGUAGUCAACGGCAACUGCUUCUGUUUGGUUACUCAGACAGGGAUGGAGACUGAGCUAGGUAAGGUGCACUCACAGAUUCAAGAGGCUUCAGAAAAUGAGGAAGAUACUCCAUUGAAGAAGAAGUUGAAUGAAUUUGGAGAAGCCUUGACAGCUAUUAUCGGAGUAAUAUGUAUUCUGGUGUGGCUUAUAAAUCUGAAAUAUUUCCUCACCUGGGAGUACGUUAAUGGGUGGCCAACCAACUUUAAGUUCUCGUUCGAGAAAUGCACCUAUUAUUUCGAGAUUGCAGUUGCACUGGCAGUAGCUGCGAUCCCGGAAGGUUUACCAGCUGUCAUAACCACAUGUUUGGCCCUUGGGACCAGGAAGAUGGCUCAGAAGAAUGCACUUGUGCGGAAGUUGCCAAGUGUUGAAACCCUAGGAUGUACAACAGUCAUCUGCUCGGAUAAAACAGGUACUUUAACCACAAACCAGAUGUCUGUAUCGAAGCUCGUGGCCAUAGGUGAUAGAGCAAACGCUGUUCGGACUUUUAAUGUACAAGGGACUACAUAUAGUCCUUUUGAUGGAAAAAUUCAAGGAUGGCCCGUGCGAAGAAUGGAUCCUAAUCUUCAGAUGAUAGCCAAGAUUGCUGCUCUGUGCAAUGAUGCAGGCAUUGAAGAAAGUGGGAAUCAUUUUGUUGCAAAUGGAAUGCCUACCGAGGCAGCUCUGAAGGUGAUGGUCGAGAAAAUGGGACUUCCUGAUGGUAUGGAUGCUGGUUCAUCCUCAGUGAACGGUGGUUUACUUUGUUGCUGCAAUUCUUGGAAUAAACAUGAACCACGGGUCGCCACUCUUGAGUUUGACCGUGACAGAAAAUCUAUGGGAGUUAUUGUUGGUUCUACCUCAGGAGGAAGAAAGUCCUUGCUUGUGAAGGGUGCAGUGGAGAACUUGUUGGAACGAAGUUCCUUCAUUCAACUACUAGACGGUUCUAUUGUAACGCUAGAUCAAAGUUCUAGAAACACAAUCUUAAAAAGUCUAGAUGAAAUGUCAACAAGUGCGCUACGAUGUUUGGGUUUUGCAUACAAGGAGGAUCUUCCAGAGUUUUCCACUUACACCGGUGAUGAAGAUCACCCAGCACACCAACUUUUGCUGAAUCCAUCCACAUAUUCUUCAAUAGAAAGUAACCUAAUUUUUGUUGGUUUUGCUGGUCUGAGGGAUCCCCCACGGAAAGAGGUCAGACAAGCAAUUGAAGAUUGCAGAGCAGCUGGUAUUAGAGUUAUGGUUAUUACGGGAGACAACAAGAACACAGCUGAAGCUAUUUGCCGUGAAAUAGGUGUAUUUGGACAACAUGAGGAUAUAACUUGUAGAAGCAUAACAGGGAGGGAGUUUAUGGGUCUUGGUGAUCCUAAAACUUAUUUAAGGCAAAGUGGAGGGCUGCUGUUCUCCAGGGCCGAACCAAGGCAUAAACAAGACAUAGUCAGAUUGCUUAAAGAAGAUGGUGAAGUUGUUGCCAUGACUGGGGAUGGGGUGAAUGAUGCACCUGCCUUGAAAUUGGCUGAUAUCGGAAUUGCCAUGGGUAUUUCUGGGACCGAGGUUGCCAAAGAAGCAUCAGAUAUGGUUUUAGCUGAUGACAAUUUUAGUACUAUUGUUGCUGCUGUGGGUGAAGGCAGAUCUAUUUACAACAACAUGAAGGCUUUCAUCAGGUACAUGAUCUCCUCAAAUAUUGGUGAAGUGGCGUGUAUAUUCCUGACGGCUGCUUUAGGCAUUCCGGAGGGUCUCAUACCAGUUCAACUACUAUGGGUUAAUCUUGUUACUGAUGGACCACCUGCUACAGCUUUGGGCUUUAAUCCACCAGACAAAUAUGUAAUGAAGAAGCCCCCUAGGAGGAGUAACGACUCAUUGAUCAGUGCUUGGAUUCUGUUCAGAUACCUGGUGAUUGGAUUCUAUGUUGGAAUAGCGACAGUAGGGGUAUUCAUCAUAUGGUUCACUCGAGAUUCGUUCUUAGGAAUUGACCUGAGUGGAGAUGGACAUAGUCUAGUAACAUAUAACCAACUUGCGAACUGGGGUCAGUGCCCGACCUGGGAGGGUUUUAAGGUGUCCCCUUUCACAGCAGGAUCUGAAGUGUACAAUUUCGAUGCUAAUCCAUGCGAUUACUUCAAGACGGGGAAAGUAAAAGCAAUGACACUCUCUCUGUCUGUCUUGGUAGCCAUUGAGAUGUUUAAUUCCCUUAACGCCCUCUCCGAGGAUGGGAGUCUAUUGACAAUGCCCCCAUGGGUGAACCCGUGGCUACUCCUGGCCAUGUCAAUUUCAUUUGGGUUGCAUUUCUUGAUACUCUACGUUCCUUUCCUGGCUAAAGUAUUUGGCAUCGUCCCUCUCAGUCUCAACGAAUGGUUGCUGGUGCUGGCGGUUGCACUCCCUGUGAUUUUUAUUGACGAGGUUCUCAAAUUUAUUGGCCGUUGUACAAGUGGAAUCCGGACAUCUGAUGCAAGAUCAACCAAGCAAAAAGAUGAAUGAGAUGAAAUAAUGGAAAAUAAAAUCAAUGUAGGCCCUUUCCACUGUUUUUAGGCCCUGAUUUGUCUGUCUAGACUGAUUUUGAUAAAACAAAUUUGAACUUUAUUGUAUCAUUCUCAAUGUAGAACAAAUGCUCAGAAAUUUCAUCCUUCAGUUAUCCUGUGAAUUAUUUUGAACUUAAUAUUACGUAGCGUCGCUAAUUAUAUUUUGAUGAUUCAA